UUUUUAGGUUUCCUCCCAUUCAUUCGCCCUUCCAUUUCCCCUCCACUGCGCUGCCACCCCCCCUCCCCGUGGGGAACCACCCUCCUCGAUCCCCUCCCGAACCCACUGGCGGCGGCGGCGGAGGCGGAGGCGAGUGGCGACGGCGAACUUCCCCGAGACCGCACCUACUCGGAUUGGAUUUUGCCUCCGCGGUUCCUGAUUGGUUAGUCGCCGCGGCGAUGGCAGGAGGGGCGUGGUGGUCUCCAUAGGGAAUUCUCGAUUGCGUCCGUGUCGUGAUGGCUUCGGCUGCCGCUCCUGAGGUCAUCGCGGAGAAGAAAUGCGGCAAAACCGUCGCGGGUAACGCCGCACCAUUGACUUCCCAAGGACAUUCCAAAGAAUCGGCUGAGAACGCCAGCAAACUGGGGCCUGCUUCGCUGAGUGAAAUCACGGACGGCGAUGCGCCUACAUCCAUUGGGGUGAGAGAAAGCAGCAAGGAUAUCAGCGAUUCUGCUGAUGGUUCUGUGAAGCUGGAUGACAGUGAAGAUGCUGAGAAGAGCUCGCUGCGGGGUAGCGUUAAGGAUAGCUCAGUGUCAGCUAAAUGCAGCGACAGGGGGAGCAGCCUGUCAAAAGCAAGCGGGAGCGCCAAGGUCAGCGACCAAGCUGCUGAUAUGAUUGAGAGCGGCAAGAGUAGCCUCUAUCGGGCCAGUGGUGGUAGUGAUGUGAGCGAUGAGAGCACCUGCAGCAGCAUAUGCAGCAGUGUCAGCAAGCCUCACAAAUCGAAUGACUCAAAGUGGGAAGCCAUUCAGGCGGUCCGAACAAAAGAAGGCUCAGUAGGUCUAGGUCAUUUCAGGCUGCUCAAGAGGCUUGGCUGUGGUGACAUUGGCAGCGUGUAUUUGUCAGAGCUUAGUGGCACGAAAUGCUACUUUGCUAUGAAAAUUAUGGACAAGGCAUCUCUAGCAAGCCGCAAAAAGCUGCUGAGGGCACAGACUGAAAGGGAGAUAUUGCAGUGCCUGGACCAUCCUUUUCUUCCAACAUUGUAUACUCACUUUGAAACGGACAAGUUCUCAUGCUUGGUUAUGGAGUUCUGCCCUGGAGGUGACCUGCAUACCCUAAGGCAAAAGCAGCCUGGCAAGUAUUUCCCCGAACAAGCUGCCAAGUUUUAUGUAGCAGAGGUUCUUCUGGCUCUGGAAUACCUGCACAUGCUUGGUAUCAUAUACCGUGAUUUGAAGCCAGAGAAUGUUCUUGUGAGAGAAGAUGGCCAUAUCAUGCUGUCGGAUUUUGAUUUGUCCCUCCGAUGUGCUGUGAGCCCUGCACUUCUGAGAUAUUCUAAUCCCAGUGCUGAUAACCAAAAGGGCAAUCCAGCUUACUGUGUGCAGCCUGUGUGCAUUGAGCCAGCCUGCAUUCAGCCAUCUUGUGUUACGACGACCACAUGCUUCUCUCCUCGCUUUUUCUCCUCCAAGUCCAAGAAAGAGAAAAAGGAGAAGAAGGCAAAGGCAGACUUGGCAAAUCAGGUCAGACCACUUCCUGAGCUUGUUGCAGAGCCGACUGAUGCAAGGUCUAUGUCUUUUGUUGGCACCCAUGAGUACUUGGCACCUGAGAUUAUAAAGGGCGAGGGGCAUGGAAGUGCUGUGGACUGGUGGACAUUUGGGAUAUUCUUGUAUGAACUUCUUUUUGGCAAGACUCCAUUCAAAGGUUCUGGCAAUAGGGCGACUUUGUUCAAUGUAGUUGGACAGCCCUUAAGGUUCCCAGAAUCACCAGUAGUGAGUUUCGCUGCAAGGGAUCUUAUUAGGGGGUUGCUCAUCAAGGAACCGCAGCAUCGAUUAGCUUAUAAGCGUGGAGCCACAGAAAUAAAACAGCACCCCUUCUUCGAAGGUGUUAACUGGGCACUGAUAAGGUGCGCCACACCACCAGAUAUCCCCAAGCCAGUCGAGAUCCCUCGUUCAGUAGCCUCGUCAAGCCAGAAGGCUACAUCAGCAGCUGAGAAAGGUUCAGACUAUCUUGAAUUGGAGUUCUUUUAGUGGAGAGUCAUCUAUAAUCUCCCAUGUGCAAGUUGUAAAGUUCAUCCUUUUCCCCUUAGACUUAUUUUUCUCUCUCUGGAUCCUAAUAACUUUAUAUGUAGAUGCAUAUGGUCCCUAGUGCCGUUCUCUUUCAGUUUGGCUUGCAGUCCAUUUCAUUAGAUGGGAGCCUCUACCCGGUGGAGUUUGUAAUCUGUCAUUGGUUACCUUGCACUAGGUUCUCUCAAUAACAUGGAAACAUUUUUCGUUCGAUA